CAGUCCGGUAAACAGGCAUGGAAGCACCUGGUUGAGACCUCUACUGUCAGUAAAACGUUAAAUUAGGUCUUUAUUUUCAGUAUUCAGUAUUAUAUUAUCCGCUACAUUCAGCGAAUAAGGAGCUACGGGAAAAUAUAGUCCCUUUGACAAAGUUCUACAAUCAGCGGAAAGAAUGUCGGAAAGGGCCGACGAUGACGUCAGGGGGGAGCAGCGCAGAGCCGCCAGGCAGCCAAAGCAGCAACAGCAGCAGCAAAUCCAACAGGGAGAAGGCUCCACAGCAAUGGCGACCGUGGGGGAGCGCAGAUCUCUUCCCAGUCCCGAGAUCGCAUUGGGACAGCCCUGGAGCGAAUGGAUUGAUGCUGCUAAAUUGUACGGGAGCGACGGUGCCGAAUCCGAAGAAAGUUUGAAAGAGUGCGGGAAAAAUCGAGAAGCAAUGAGGCUUUGCAGAGACGACAUGCCCAUCUUUGGCCAGUUUCCUGCACAAGAUGACUUCUACUUGGUGAUGUGCAGCCACUGCAAUCAGGUGGUGAAACCUCAGGCCUUUCAGGCGCAUUACGAGCGAAGGCACAGCUCCUCCAGCAAGCCCCCAUCCUCCUCCAUAUCCACCUCCACGUUCCCCCUCUCCACUCUGCUGAACAGCUUCAAGGCUGGGGGCACCGGGGGUGUUGGGGGGGCUGGGCGUACCCCCAAUAGUAAUGGCUCUUCCUCCAACUCCAAAAUCCCCAAACUGGCCAAAGAGAAGCUUGCACACGGCAUCCACAACAGCAGGCCCAUCCUGUCUCACAAGGUGCUUCCUGAUAAAACAAUAAGCCCCGGCGUGAAAGUGGAGAAGGCACCGGUGAAGGUGCUGGACACGCCUCCCAAGCUCAUCCAUGCUUCCCCAUCCUCUACCACUGUGAGCUCCAAGCCCAGCCUUACCUCCAUACCAAAGGCCGCCCUGCUGGCCCCAGGGCCCAUUCCCAACGGCAAAGUGCUCCUGUCAGCACUGGACAAGAAGCAGGAGAACAGCACCAGCUAUAAGAGACAGAAAAGGAUAUCUGAACGAGAAUUUAACGCGGAUUUUCACUGUGGCGUUCUGGACCUGGUGACGCGGAAGCCAUGCACGAGAUCUCUGACAUGCAAGACACAUUCCUUAAGCCAGCGGAGGGCCGUUCAGGGUCGCAGGAAGCGCUUCGACACCCUGCUGGCGGAGCACAAGAGCAAGGCCAGGGAGAAGGAGACGCAGCGUACGUCGGAGCAUCCCCAGCAACCACCCCUUCUCAGGGACCCCCACCCCUCCCCGUCACGCUUCGUACAUGACCUCCACCAGGGGGCGCCAGGCAAUGGCGCCUCCGAGGCCAAGCCCUCGCUCCCCAGCAAACCCAGACCUCACAAUCAGAGUCUUCCAAGGCCGCACUCCUCCUCGCACCCCUGUGGGAAUGCCCAGGGAGAGCCCGGCCUGCUUCAGGACUCGCCGCAUCCCUCCACGGUGCCCCUCGAUGGACCACCCCGCCUCUCCAGCGAUGAAGGCGAGAACGAGGAGAAGGAGGAUGGCGCAGACAAGCUGGACUGCCACUACUCAAGCCAUCACCCCCGGCCGGCAGCUUUCUGCACGUUUGGGAGCCAUCAGCUAGGAAGGAGCUGCUUCUGGUUCAACCGGCGCUUGGACAGAGUCCGCUGUGCCCUCAGCGCUAUGGUGGAUCGACACAUCAACACACACCUGUGGAAGAAAAUCCCGCCAGCACCAGAGGCGCUCUGCUCCCCGCUGCCUCACAGGACAAGCACAAGCUUGCAGCCAGUGCCCUCCUGCAGCGGCAGUGCGACCAGCUUCCCCUGCAGCGCCUCUCUCACCUCCUCUCCGGUGCUUGUCUCGCCGCCGUACGCACAGUCCUUGGACAGCAAGGCCGUGCUGUCCUACGGGACGACGCUGAACGCCCGUGUGUCUCCGGGAGGCGGUAUGGAGCCGCCCGCCUACGGCGCGCCCGUCCGCCAGGUGUCCCUGUGGCCGCAGGUGCCUUCAGGACAUUCGGCCGUGCCCUCGUCCAGCAGGUCCCCUAAGUCUAAACCCAGCAGCAAGCCGUUUAGGUCUCGGGACUCCUCUGGCACUGUGCUGACCUCCGCUGGCGUCGGCUCCGGGAAGAAGAGGAAGAGCAGCUCCCCUCUGCCCGCCCAUCCUGUCUCCUCGCUGCAGUCUUCCUCCUCUUCCUCCUCAUCUUCCUCGGGUACCUUCAAGAAGAACUGUGCCGCAACCCCUGGCACGCAGCACCACUUACUGAUGCCACCCUCUGCUACCCACAUUACGGGCCACAACAGUGCCCCCGCAGGCAGGACCAACUCUGUGGGUGUGAAACACGAGCAGCCAAGCAGGGGCCCCUCGUUGGGGAGCCCGGCCGAGUCCAUCAAGCGCAUGAGCGUGGUGAUGAACAGCAGUGACUCCACGCUGUCCCUGGGGCCCUUCGUGCACCAGACAGUCACUGAACACACGGGCAAUUCACAUGGCGGCUCAGCACACGGCUCCUUGGAGCACCGGCUGGUAGGAAAGAGGCGCAAGAUGCCCCUAGGCUCGGCCGGCAUGGACGGAGGGAGCAGGGCACUCGGAGGAGGAGGAGGAGGGGCUCCAGGCUCCGGCAGGUCCAUCAAGCUGUCCAAGGCGCCUACCAUCAACAACAUCCACGGCAAACAUGGCCGCCCUAUCCCUGGAUUGCAAGGGCUUCCCAACAACUCCUUCAUACAACAGCCAAAGGCGCGUCCCUGAUGACGGCUGUGUGGCCCCCUUCCAUGCUGAGCGCCGGGGCUGAACGCCGGCUCGCCCUCGCCACCAUGACACUCUCCGCUGGAUGAGGCCUUUCUGCCAUCGACUGUUCCCGCGAUCCUCAGGGGUGGAGAUCAGACCGGAGCGUCGACGGCGCCCAGCGAGAGUUGCCCGAUGAAAAGCCAUGUCCGCCAGGAAACUCAUGUCGCCAGGCAACCGGGCCAGGGUCUUGCCGGCGAUGUGGACGGGGCUCGGUCACUCUUCCCUGGAGGGGGCCACAUGCCCUGUGACCGUACACUGAAGAUACUGAAGAUGUGAGGUACGGGAUAGGCCAUUUUGGGCCUAGUAGGUGCAGAGUCGUCAGAGCGCCACCUAGUGGUGGGACUGGUAAGGUCCUGCCAAACCACUGGAAUAUUAAGGGACAGGCAUAAACGACCUGAAACAAGCCUCUUGGGGGAACAGGACGGCCGGGGUAUAAAACUAUCAGGAGUUCCUGCCAUUUCACACAUUUACCAUUUUAUCGUUUUUAUUUUGCGUGACAUCGUAACAGAGCGGUUACUGCGGGUCCUGAAGUACCCUAGUGGUUCAGGCAAGAUGGAGGAGUGGGGAGUGCAGGAUGGAGCCCUGAAGAAGGGCCUGAGUGUGGGGCCGGUCCAGCCAGGAGCCGGGGCAGCUGGAGCGUGCAAGCGGUGUGGAUGCAGGCAUCACACAGGGCCUCAGCGACCAUCUGUGUUCUGAUUAAGCUUCAGCUAAAGGGGUCACAUUGGGUCAUCAUGUUUCUCUUCAUUCUAGAGAAGACCUGUGUUUGUGUGUGAGUGUGAGUGAAACACCAAACCAAACUGCUGAAUUGGGAAUUUAACAACCUCAGAUUUCAUUGUUACUGUACCACCUGGGUUCACGCCAAAAUGCCAGCACACUGAGAACUGUUGGGCUAAACAUGACGGCAUGAUUUUCUGCACAGGUUAUGCAAUUUUUUUUUUCUCCGCCUGCUGGCCAAAAUCAGAGCACAUUAUGUAGAGGAAGUAGUUCUAGUAAAGCAUAAAAAUUUACUGUCAGUAAUCUGUAAGAUGGUCCUGAGCCUAGUCCCAAGUACUGAGCCCAUCUUAACUGCACAACAGUUAGAAUGUUAAAUGUACAGAUACAGAAUGUCACAGCGAUUCAUUUCACUCUCAGCAUAUAAAUUAAAUGUUUACUUGUGAUUAAAUAAUGAUUCUCUCAGAAUCCCCCUGCUGGGAUUUUAAUUACUCGAGCGAAACUCUUUAAAUCAAAACAGUGUAAGCUUCACACAUGCUCUCCUUCCUUUAGCGACGCGACAAAACUGGGAGUGUUGAACCUGCACAUGCUUGGGGAGAGGACGCUUGACCUGGACUUGAAUAUGGCGCAGACUUGUAUGUUGAUAUCCUCCCCAUCCCACUGUAAUGACCCUCUGAAGCAUUUCGGCAGCCAUCUGAAUGUGGCCAAAGAUCUGCCUGCCCCCGGCUGUUUAACUCCUGUAGAUUUCUAUACCAUAUUGAUGUCAAUCAACAAACGUAGCUGUAAAUCAGUCCGUUUUUAUUCUGUUUUGGGGUUUUUCUUGUAUGUAUUAUACAGAAAAUGAAAUUCCAGAAUAUGUAUUUUGUUAAAAAAAAAAAACUAAAUUGUACAUAUUUAAAUAUGUAUUUUUGCACAAGAAUUUUUUCCUAUCCAUUUUGGUACAAUUGAAAUUCAAUAUGUAUUUAGUCGAGAUUACUUUUUUGUUUUGAAGUGGUUCACUGCCAAGCCAAUAAUGCAAUAUGCCUAUAACACACACAGAACAUCUCUUAGAAGCAAGGUCAGUUCCUUGGAAGGUAAAGUGCUGUCACUGGAUCCCUGUUUGUGGUGUCUAAACACAUUUCUGUGUUCCCAAGGCCCCUCUGAUGCAUUGCUUAUUCAAAGAUGUUUAUUUUACAGCUGAAUUUGACAGAUGAAAUUCUGCUGCUUUUCCAAAUCCAAAGCUCCAUGCUGGUUUCAGAAUCAGGUCUCCAGUACUGGUGAGUCUAAGGGCUUUUGGACCGUGGCUAAUGUUUAGUUCACCAGAGCACCUGUUACCCAUUGUCCUGUGUGGCCUGUUGGAAUUUCAUGCAUGUCAACACAAAGAUCCGCAGGGUGCACUUAGUAUAUUCAAUAAUUGACUUUUUAAAAAUGCAUUGGAGCUGAAGCUAAAUUGGACAGAGCUGCCAGUGUCUGGUCACCUGUCUGGUGCUGUCCCCAACACAGUACCUUCCCCACAGGCUUCCUUUCAAUUGGUUUUUGGUUUUGAGGACAAUUCGGGGUCAGUCCAGCAUUUGCGGUCUCUGUUCUUAUCUGUGUUACAUGAGAGUUUGACUUGAGUGGUUCAUUCAACAAAAAAUCUCACUAGAAGUUGUGGUGGCCUUCGAAAUGUCAAGACUGGUUUACGAACGAGGUUCUGAAAUUGCACUUCUCCACCCUGUUGGCAGCUUGUGUAGCUCUUCAGUAUGGGUAGGCCCUUAAGCACCAGACGAAUCAUGCUAACUAAUCCAAUGUAAUCCUCUGUACCAGGAAUAUCGGUGGUUAACCAGUUCAAACUGGACCAGGGCUGAGGACGGCCACCUUAAAUUUGGACCCUAUGCAGACAGCAGUGUUGACAGCUCCUGCAGCACUAUACCUCAGAGUGUAGGACAAGGACUGAAAUAGGAAAGGAAGGGGGCAUUUUAACACACAAGUGCAGCUUUUUUGCUUCAUGGUUGCCAAACAUUUCAUUUGAAGCACUGCUCUUACUUUUAGUAUCUUUUGCAGCUCUUAGAAAAAAAGUGCCUAAAAUACUCAUACUAUGACUGUUUCCCAUAGCUGUCAUUCAUUUUGUUAUGACUUGAAGUUUAGAACUUGCCUUUUCUUACCCCAAUCUGUCUUUGGCUCCCAAUUGUAGUAAAAUUUUGACAAGUGUCAUAGUUUUUCAGGGGAGCCUAAUAGUUAAAUAAAUGGUGGGGGAGGAGUUUGCCACCUUCAUUAAUCUGUUUAGACUACUGUUAAUUAUAAUGCAGAGUUCUAUCUAAAUGAUAAAACCUGAUGUUAAAACCAGAAUAUGACCACCUGUGGUCUGGAAUGUGUGAGCAUGAAAGGCCCCCCUCCCCAAUUUAUGUCUGGCAAACCUACUUGUGCUCUACGUUUCUAUACUCGAACAACAGAUGUAUUUGAUUUGGCACUACAGAACUGUAAUGUGAAUCAACUGAGAGAAGCUUCUUUUUGGGAAUCUUUAUAAAUGCAAACUCCACUAUACGCCAAGUGUGUAUAGUUGAUUUUUGGACAAGUAAUCAUGCAUCUGAUCAGCUGGACUUUGUGUUGGCUGCUAUAUUCGACAAAUGUAGUUGAAUAGAUUUAAAUAUUUAAAGAUUGUAUAGCCUGUUUUGUAACAGUUUUCUGUAAAUAAAAAUAAUUUAUACUGUUAUUUAUACGUAAAAA